UGACAAACAAACGAGGGAGCGACUGGUGUACCUGCCCUCUUUCACAUUUCUUAACAAGAACAAACAGGAGCUGUCUCAUGACCUUAGCAGCUGCCAACCUCCAACUGCUAAGAUGAACUGGUUAUCCCUGCAGGCCUUGCUCAGUGGCGUAAACAAAUACUCCACCGUUUUUGGCCGUAUUUGGCUCUCUAUGGUCUUUAUCUUCCGUGUGAUGGUUUUCGUGGUGGCUGCACAGCCAGUUUGGGGAGACGAUUCCAAAGACUUUGUGUGCAACACAGCUCAGCCAGGUUGCAACAAUGUGUGCUACGACAAAACUUUCCCCAUCUCCCAUAUUCGCUUAUGGGCCCUACAGCUCAUCUUAAUAACCUGCCCGUCUCUCAUGGUGGUUGGCCAUGUCAAAUACAGGGAAAAGAAGAACAAAGAUAUUGCAGUUGUUCAGAAAGGCAAAUAUUUGUAUUCCAACCCGGGAAAGAAGCGUGGUGGCCUCUGGUGGACCUAUUUACUUAGUCUGAUUUUCAAAACAGCCAUUGAUUCUGGUUUUCUCUACAUCCUAUACUAUAUCUAUAAAGGAUUUGACUUACCCACUCUGACAAAGUGCAAUCUGUAUCCUUGCCCUAAUGUGGUAGACUGCUACAUUUCACGUCCUACAGAAAAAAAGAUCUUCACUAUUUUCAUGGUUGCCUCCUCUGCUCUGUGUAUCCUCAUGUGUAUCAUUGAGAUGAUCUACCUGGUGUGUAAGCGCUGUAAAAAGGUGCUUCAUGAAAAAAUAGAGAAAGAACGCAUGCAAUUAGCUGAGCAGUCUGAACAGAGGACUUGUUCUCGAUCAAGGUGCGAAUGCAGAGUGGAUCCUACUGCAUCCUACACAAAUAUCAACACAACAAAAAAAGACGAGUUCAAGUGAAAUCAGUUAGUGUUACUGCUCUGUCUGAAAUCCUUUACACUGUAAUUUUUUUAAAGUUGUAGUUACACAUUUGAUUUAAUGUGAAACUCUAAAGGUAUUGCAUGCUUUACAGUGAGAUGAACUGCGAAAUAAUCCUGUACAAUAAUCAAAGACUGAAUCAAUAUAAUGAUAAAUAUCUGGACUCACUAAUAUAUAAAUAUGAGCAAAUGUUGUGUUAUGACGACUUUGGGUGCAGUGUUUUAUAAUUUUGAUAUUUUGACAUUUACAGUUUAAAAUUCCAUGUAUGCCUAGAUAAAAUGUUCGUGUUUGUUAUUAAAGAGAAAUACUGACCCCUAGUGGACAACCAUGAAUAUUAUAGGAUACUUCUUUUUAAAAAAUUCAGGAGUGUAUUGAUUCACAAUUACAGUACAGUUUUAAAAUAAUGCAAUACAGUACACGUUCUUUGCAUUUUCACAUGAUUAUUAUCUUUUGAUAAAAAAGUUAACACAAUCUUUCUUCACACACCAGCUGUUUCAUAUUCUUGUACAAAGCCUAAAUACAUUCACCAAAAUUCAGUUGAAGAAGGCAUUGCUUAUUUGAACAAAGUGUACUGGUGAAAAUAAAAUUAAAUAAAUAAAUAAAUAAAUAAAUAAAUAAAUAAAUAAAUAAAUAAAUAGGUGUAAUAGGGGAUUCAAAUAUUAUAGUGAAUGUCACUAUGUAAUUUCUUUUAAAAGAAUGAUCGAAGUAAAUUGUUAUUUGUUGUCUUCUGGAAAAGAGCUUUUGAAGUGCAAUACUAAAUCAUAUACUUAUAACAAUAACAAUUGACUCUGAACAUCCUGUUUUUAAAUGUACACCAGAGACCCUUAAUGGACCAUGUUGCCUUCUUGAAAAUUGAUGAAUGUUCUCAGGAAUCAUGAACUCAGCUCUUACAAAAAAAAAAUUAAUAAUUUGUGUAUCUUUUAUUAUUGUGUCUUUUGGAGUAUAUGUAAACAUUUGCUAUGUGAAAUGUGAAAAUAUCUUAUUGUGGGCUGCACUGAGUACAAAAUAAAGUAUUUUUUCUCUUUA